CCCGCAUACCACAUCUUCACCAAACAGCCGAGACAACACCUCCCUCCCGAAGAAACCAACACCACAUCCACCGCCAAUAUGGCCCAACCCUCCCGCCCGCGCAUAGCCUGCUUCCACGGCGGCGGCUCCCGCGCGUCAGUCUACAACGUACAAUGCGCGCACCUAGCCAAGCUCCUAGAGCCAGACUUCGAGCUCGUUUUCUUCGACGGGCCGUUCUUCCGCGACGCGGGCCCAGGCGUGCUCCCUGCCUUCCGCGGGUACGAGCCCUUCCGCUCGUGGUUCACGCAGGACAGCACGGGCGUCGAGCUCGCGGACGGCAGCGGCUACGACCUCACCGGCCGCGACGGCGUGGAGCGGAUCUGGAAGCUGAUGCACGAGAAGGCCCAGCUCGAGCCUGGUGGUCCGUGGGUCGGCGUCAUGGGGUUCAGUCAGGGGACGAGGCCCGCCGGCGGGCUGUUGCUGGAUCAGCAGCGGAGGAUUGCGAGUGGGGAGGCUACGGCAGAUGAUGCUGAUGCUGGGCUUAAAUUUGGGGUCAUGUGCAUGGGUGCCGGCGCGCCGAUGGUCGCGGAGAGCGCGCAUCGGGCUGAAUCCGAUCUCGAGCUGGUCACCAUCCCCACGAUACAUGUGCACGGGCUGAAAGAUGCCGUCCUGCCGCUGAGUCGACAUCAGCUGGCGUCAUACUACGAUCCCAAGCGAAGUGAGCUGUUUGAGGUCGACUACCACCAUGCUAUGCCGUGGGUGAAGCAUGAGGUGGAACAUCUGGCGCAUCUGAUCAGGACGGCGUAUCGAGAAAAUAUCUGAUAAGUGGUUGAGAGGCAUCCGGGACUCGAGGAUAAACGCGAAGUCGUUUCACUAUUGUGGAUUUUAUUUUAAACAAGACUACUAUUGGUGUAGUAAAUAGACUUUUGGGCCAUGCCAUGCCGCCUUACCCUGGC